UAUUAUACCUUCAGGCUUCAUGUGAUGCUUAUAUAUUUAAAAUAAUCGUAUUCGUAAUAAUAAAAGUAUUUUAUUUAGGUAUUAAAUAUUUAUAACAGAUACAAGUAUUAUUUCAUAUCAUAUUUUUUUAUUAUCAAAUAAUAUUUAUAGUACGCUAAAAAUAAGUUUGUUACUAUUUUGACAUCUGUGCAUGUACCUAUAUCUGUAAGUGUUUUGUGUGUUUUAUAAAUCUACAACUAAUUUAAUUAGUUUUAAUUUUUAAAAUGAGUUCCGAUAAGAGCACAAUAAAAUAUUUAUACGAAAAUAUUAUUCAGGAUCAAAUUAUGUGUGUCGAGUAUUUAAGACAAAACAACCUUUUACCUACAAAGGAUGUUAAUAAUAUAGUUUGCUCAAAGGUAAAUGAUGAUGGCAUUAAAUGUGGUGGUCAAUUAUGCGAAAAAGAAACAACUCGUACUAAUGAAAAAAUAAAACAUAUUUCACAAAGCACAUAUGAAAAAAUUGUCAGUUGCUCUAGACAGGAAUGCCAGGCGUCUCAGUCAAUACAAUCAAGAAGCAAAUUUUUUACUUACACAGAUCUCAACGAAAAGUUCCAGAGCAAUUUAUCCCUAACAAACAUAAUGGAACUCAUUUGGUUUUGGGCUCAGAGGAUACCAGUAGAAAGUGUUGUUCAAUUAACAGCUAGAAGUGAACAGUCUAUAAGAGACUGGUAUAACUUAUGCACGGAUGUUACAGUUGAUCAGUAUUAUAAAAGACAGAAAAUGGGCGGUCCCAGUCGUAUUGUACAGAUAAAUGGAUUCCUCUAUCAAAGGACACACAGUUAUGAUCGUGGUAACUAUGACCCAGACAUAAAUGCAUAUGUUGAAAAUUCUGAGGAUGAUACCGCAAGUUCAGAUAAUGGAGAAAAUACAAAUUCCAAUAGUGAUGGUAAUACAGAUGAAGAUAGUGAAAAUAAAGCCCCAUUAGAAAAUAAUCAACAGAGAUUUGAAACUCCCAGACUAAGGCUAGGCCCGUGGAUUUUUGGUUUGUGUUGUGUCCUGGACAGCAACAUUGAAUGUCGAUUUUUCAUAGUCCAAAAUAUGGAUAAACAGACACUAUUACCUAUUAUAAAAAGAGAGGUAGAAAUUGGUACAACAAUCUAUAGUGAACAAUGUCUAGCAUAUAGUACUCUAAAUGAUCAUGGUUUUAUACAUGAAACUGUAAAUCAUAGUUUAGACAUGUUUGAACCAAACACUGGUGCCCAUAUUGAAACUAUUAAGCCAUUGUUAAAGAGGAUAAACAUCAAAUACAACAUUAAAAUUAGGAAGGGCAAUCCUCUAAUACACCGAAAAUUGCAAGAAGAAUGGUGGCGAUCAUGCCACCCAUCUCCAUCGCAAAUAUUUGAAGAAUUUUUAGCAGAUUUAAUGGCAACUUAUGAAAUGUAAAGAAUAUUAACAAUAUUAACGAAUGCAUAAUAUAAAAAUGUUUGAGAUUUUUAUCGAACACAUGGCUUAAAAAUUUAAAAAAAAAUAUGUUGAGAAAACUAAGUACUCAGUAAUAUUAAUAUGAUGUUCAAAAAAGAGUAAAAUAACAAAAUCAAUGUAUCUUACUGUCAUAAAUUUAAUUACUUUAUUAGAAUACAAUUGAAUUUUUACAAUACUCAUAUUUUACUAUUAGUAUUAACUUUCUGAAAAUUUUUAAAAAAUCUAUUUUUUAGAUUAUAUACUAUUUACUCAAUUUUAAAAUAAUCAUUAAUUAUGUGUGUAUAAUUAAGUCAGUGUAUGCAAAAAUUAUUAAAAAAUAUGAUUGA